AUGGCUGAAUUCAAGCUUUCAGCGCAGCUCCUUGGCCACGAGGCUGAUGUGCGCGCCGUCAGCUUCCCUUCUCCCGACUUUGCCCUCUCUGCGUCCCGAGACUGCACCGUCAGAAUAUGGAAGCGAACGUCGACAACUCCCCCAAACUUCGAAGGCACGCUCGUCAGCCGUGGCUCCGAAUACGUCAACAGCCUGGCCUUCUUCCCGCCGAACCAAGAGCAUCCCAACGGCCUCGUCGUCUCCGGAGGCAAAGACACCAUCAUCGAAGUCAAGUCACCCAACUCGGUAGUAACUGACAAUGCCGAGAGGCUCCUCAUUGGACAUGCUCACAACGUCUGCACACUCGACGUCUCGCCCAAAGGAACAUACCUCGUUUCAGGGGGCUGGGAUGGCCAGGCCCGCGUGUGGAACCUGAGCAAGUGGGAGACCGAGCUCCAGCUUGGUGGCCACGAAGGCAUGGCGGUUUGGAGCGUCGUUGCGUUUGACGAGACAACGGUAGUGACGGGAUGUGCAGACAAGAGCAUUCGAGUGUUUGACCUCAGGCAGUCGACGGGCGGCGAGGCUAUGCCGGUGGCUACCAUAUAUACCCCUGAUGUUGUUCGGGCGCUGUGCAAGGUUCCCAAGGGCCAUCCCAGCGGCGCAGACAUUGCCAGCGCAAGCAACGAUGGCACUUUGCGACUGUGGAAGCUCAACGGCCAGCAGGUCAGCGAGCUGCAUGGCCACGAGAAUUUCGUGUACAGCCUCGCAGGCUUGCCUUCUGGCGAACUCGUCAGCACCGGAGAGGACCGAACCGUGAGAAUAUGGAGAGGAUCUGAAUGCGUUCAGACCAUCACCCACCCUGCGAUAUCUGUCUGGACAGUUGCUGUCAAUCAAGAGACUGGAGACAUCAUCACUGGAGCGAGUGAUGGCAUCGCACGCAUCUUCACCCGGCGUCCAGAAGCCACGGCUGAUGAGGCCACUCUGAAGGAGUUCCACGACUCUGUUAAAGCAUCAGCCAUUCCCCAGCAACAGGUCGGUGGCAUCAACAAGGAGAAGCUUCCUGGUCCAGAGUUCUUGACGUCCAAGGCGGGGACCAAGGAAGGUCAAGUACAGAUGAUUAAAGAGAGCAACGGCAACGUCACAGCGCACACGUGGUCCAUGGCUCAGCAGCAAUGGAUCAACGUUGGCACCGUGGUGGACGCAGUUGGCAGCACAGGCAAGAAAGUCGAGUAUAACGGAAAGUCAUACGAUUACGUAUUCGACGUCGAUAUUGAGGAUGGAAAGCCGGCGCUCAAGCUCCCCUAUAACCUAUCUGAGAACCCUUACGAGCGAGCUACCAAGUUCCUCAACGACAACGAGCUGCCUCUGUCCUACCUCGAUAACGUUGCCAAUUUCAUAACCGAAAACACCAAAGGAGCCACCCUUGGCCAGCCCGAGCCUUCUACUGGGCCUGAUCCGUAUGGAACCGAGUCGCGUUACCGGCCAGGUGAAUCGCAAACUGCAAAGGUACUGCCGCAAAAGGAAUAUCUCAGUAUUUCUGCUGCAAAGUACGAAGCCAUCUUGAAUAAAAUCGGCAACGUCAACAAGACCAUGAUAUCAUCUGGCCGAAAAGAUGUUGCACUUAAUCCCGGAGAAGAGAGUGUCCUGCACUCGUCUAAGGAAGCGCUGGAUUCAUCAAAGCCCAUCUCACUUCCAACAUUGAACGUGAUUCUCAAGGUUGUUACCGAGUGGCCAUACGCUGAUCGACUAGCCGGCCUGGAUCUAUUACGCUGUGUGGCUAGAUUUCCUAUUGCAGCACAGUUUAAAGGCCCAGAAAAUGAGACCCUCAUAGAUAUAGCCACAGCAUCAGCAGUUCCUGAUGAUUUCCCUCCCAACGAAAAUGCGGCCAUGAUGGGUGCUCGAACAAUUGCUAAUUUAUUUGGUUCGGCUGAUGGUCGCAGCCUUGCCAAGUCUGACGCAGACAAGGCUAUUUCAUUCCUAGAACGUAUAGUCGGCAUCAAGGGCGGAGAGCCGAUUGGCAAAUUCAAUCGAAAUGUGCUGGUUGCGGUGACAACCGUGGCUGUCAACUACUCUGUCCUUGUUAAUAAGGAGAAGCUAUUGGGUCCUGAGCAACGACGACGGCUGGUUGCUGUGCUUGGCGUCAUUCUUAAUGACCAGACGGAUUCCGAAGUGCUGUAUCGUGCAUUGGUGGCGCUCGGCACUAUCCUGUCAACAUCCAAGGACGAAGCCAAGAGUCUGGGUGUAACAGCAUGGGUAGAAGGCGCGGCAACCAAGAGCUCCGAGGAGAGAAUCAAGGGAGUCGUGAGCGAGUGUUUGAAGGUAAUUCCGCAAUAG